AUGAACUCGGCGGAACUCCGGAGCGGCAGCCGCGGUUUCCGCUCGGGCGUCCAACAGCGUCGGACCGCAAGACCGGAAGCGGCUUCUUGGCGGCGUUCUUCCCUUCUCCCUCAGUCGGCGGUCGGCGGGGUUGUCAUGGGGGACGCGGAGCUGGCCCGUUUUCGCCGCCGCUGGCGGGCCGAGCUGGCCGAAGGAGGCCCCAGGAAGCAGCGGCGGGGCGGGAAAAGGGCGCGGGAGGCGGGAGAGCAGGCGCCGGAGCCCCUGCAAGGCUGGGGAGGCUGCGGGGGCCUUGCGCGCUGGGACCCGGAGGAGGGCCUGGAAGGGCAGCUGGGGCUUCCGGCCCUCCGCGCCCACGGCCUUCUCCGAGCCGGACCCACACGCCCUUCCCCCGCCCCCGCCCAGAAGCCCUUGGUAGUACCACCACCACCAGGAGGAGCGGAGGAAGACCUCCUGGGACAACUCAUCCAAGAUUUGAAUGAAAUAAACGAAGUCCCGUUCUUUGAUGUGCAACUGCCUUAUGAACUGGCAUUAAAAAUAUUUCAGUUCCUUGGCCCGACAGAUUUGGGGAGGUGUGCUCAGGUGAGCAAGGCCUGGAAAGUGCUUGCAGAAGACAAAGUCCUUUGGUUCUGGCUAUGUCAACAGGAAGGUUACCUGCCUGACCGUCAGAUUUCUGAUUUUCCCUGCUGGAAAGGAACACUUAGAAAAUGCCGGGAGAAGGAGCAGGUUUUACGAACGAACUGGAAGAAUCGCAUUGGCAAUGUCAGCCAGUUGCAGUACGAGCUCGGGAAAGUCCUGUGCGAUGUGCAUUCUUGUGAUGGAGUGGUCAUUGCUGGAUACACAUCAGGGGAUGUGAAGCUGUGGGACACUCGCACCUGGGACUACACUGCCCCUGUCCUGGAACCGGAGCGUGGCUCAGCUGAACCUGGCCCCAGGCCCCAGGCCUCCUUUGUGAGAAUAAACAGCUCGCUGGCUGUGGCAGCUUACGAGGGUGGGUCGAUUAAAGUGUGGAGUUUGAUGUUGCGUUCUGAGCCCAUUCAUCACUACCAGCACAACCAGAAGAUCCAAGCGCUGGCUCUCUCAACUGACAGGGCAACGGUAGCAACGGCAUCAGCCUUCCAGGUCAGAGUGGAAGGGGCGAAUGACAUGGGAUACUGGGAGACCAUCGCAGAAGUCGAAAUCCAGAAGCUGGUCCAGUCCCUCUGCCUGGUGCCCUGCGUCAUGGGCCGCCCAGUGAUGGUGGCAACUGCCGAAGAGGAUGUCUAUCUUCUGAAGGCAGGAGAACCCGCCAAAGUGUUGCAUUCCGUCUAUGGCCAGCCUGUCACCUGCCUGGAUGUCUCAGCCAAUGAGGUGGCCUUUGGAGUGAAAGGUUUUGGCUGGUUGAUCAAUGAGACCAACAAGAUCCUUCUCUACAGUUUGGAGACUGGACAAUGUGUGACGCAGCUUGGAAGCUCCUUGGGCGACUUCACAUGUGUCAACCUCCGGGACAGCCCCCCGUUCAUGGUGGUUGCAGGAAAUAAAGACCGAAGGGUGAGAGUGUAUGACGUACGCAAAAGCAAGCCGGCCUGCUCAGUCUAUGGCCACCAGCUCGGAGUCUCAGCUGUGCAGAUGGAUGACUGGAAGAUUGUCAGUGGAGGGGAAGAAGGCCUGGUCUGUGUGUGGGACCAACGAAUGGGCACCAAACUCUGGGAAAUGCAUGCCAGGCACCCGGUUCGCCAUGUCUGGUUCAAUGCACACAGCCUCAUCACAGCCAAUGUUCCUGAUGAGAAGGUGCCCCGAGGCGCCUGCAUCACGGAUGAUGACUUGACGGCGCAUCGAAGGCAUCGAGGGAUCAUCUAUGCCUACACAUUCUCUGCGGACCACAUGGCUGCCGAGAGUGUCCUUCCUAUUUGCCGCUCCUCUUAUAAUGAAACGACUGGUUAUAACUACAACAUUGGCCUGGCAGUCCCCUACGACGACAUCUAAGGAGGGCGCCUGAAUGGCCAUUGGCAAGGUCAUGCCUCCGAACCCGGGAGCAUUGAGGAGCUGCGCUCCUUGUUAGGACACUGAGCGGGGAAUCCUGCAGCAAACACCCAAGAGUCUCCCACAGGUGAGAAGAGGAGGAUAAAGUCGAAAGAGUAGCGGGCAAGCUCUGGUACAGGUGUGCCAGAGUGGGUUCUGCAAAGAGGUGCUGGCCCACAAUUCCUAUGGAAAGGAGGGGGAGUGUUGGAGGGGAAUUGCUCCAUCAGGAACCCAAGUGGAAUUGCUCCAUCAGGAACCCAAGCUGGGUCCCCCUCGCUUUGUCUCAUAGUCCAUAGAAGGGUCUUAAGACCCUUAGCGAGGAGAGAGAACCGAGGCUGCUGUGAGAAGAGAUGAAAUGGAGAAUAAAGUGAGCAUCACUUGAAAAAUCUUCACCGUGGCCCUUCAUCAGUGGUGAGACAAUACAACUGGACACACAGUGGUGAAGAAUAUUACCUAUUAUCCAUGUUUACAUGAAAAAUCAUGUUUUUGUUGUUUUACAAAAUAAGAAUGUUAUAUUGUCAGUGGCACUUUGCAGAUUUCAAAAAGGAAAAUGAGCUGCUGCUUCUGCUUUUCAUGUUCAUGUUUUGUGCUCACUAGGGCCCCGUCUGCACUGGUUACUGUAGACUCAUAAUUGAGUUUAACUACAUUGAACUGCAUCAUGUAAGUGAGCCUAGAGUGACCAAACUGCAUUAUAGGGCAGUGGAUGGUUGCAUCAAGUGGUCACCAAUGGCAAAGCCAAGUAGAUCUAAAGUUCUGUUUCUAUCCCUCUUCUUUUCUUGCUUUGGCACCUGGAAGUCUGUCUUUGUAUAAAUUAAACAGUUGCAAAGAAGGUAUUUAUUAAAUUCUGUUGAGACCCUGCUAAUAAAUCCUGCCAAUUGGCAAGUUGUGUCCAAAAAGCCAAAAA